AUGGAAUCUCAGGACGGUAUCGAUGUCCGCCCUAUGAGGCUGAAAGUUCUUUACACAUUCGACAACGAGAAUAAAACUAAUUGCCUUGCUCGGUGGCCACACGUGCUUGACAUCCAAACGGCAUUUCUAGACGAGAACACUCCGGUUGGAGUGAUCGAGUUAAAAAUAUGCAUCCAGGCAAUCGUUUCUGCUAGCCCGGAGCUUGUGGGUCAAUUAGGAAAGGAUUAUACCGUCUAUGCCUACGACUAUUCCGAAUUCGAAACCCCUCUUGUCGGGCAAGGCAUGCUUUCUGGGGUGCUGGCCACCUUCUCAUCGGCGACUGAGACACCCAACAACCAGUCGAAGACCAUAAUUACUGGCCGAGUUUGCAAGAGCCCCCUCAGUGGUCUCUUCUCCAAAGGUGCCCAAGAGACGUUGGAGGUCAAGCUACGGCUGGUGCCUGUCCCAACUGUCACCCAGAGCGACUUUGACACGCAAUCAUGGACAAAUUUUAUUCGCCAAAACCCCGCCCUCCUGGAAUCCUCAAGAAGCCAGAGCCAGAACGACAACAUCGGAUCCCCGAUCCAUCAAUCUGGGAUUGAGAGAUUCCACCAGCUCUUGAGCGAAGGCUCCACACCACGAGAGUUCGCUACAUUCCACCACAAUGGAUCGGUCCGCUCGGUGUCGCCUUCACACUCAUACGCUGGCAGUCGGGUGUCAACACCUGGUGGAUGUCGAACACCAGCUCAUCAGCAAUCCUACCCCAAGCAGAGCAUUCCCCAUAGCGAUAUGAUUCGCCCAUCCUCAAGUGCCUCCAUGCGAGACUGCGACAACCAGACCCAGCUUUCACACGUCUCACAAAACAACACCCGAAGAGGGUCCAUUCAGUCAGGGUACGGCAGUGCUGAUGAGGAAUCAACGGAGGCCCCCGCCCGGAAGAGGGCCAAGGUGUAUCAAGCAAGCUGGCCCGGAAAGUCGGGUAUGAACAUCGAAAGACAGCCAAGUUCGCUUCGAGUUGCAGCCAGCACGGCGGCCUCUGUACGAAUCCACCGCCCAACUCCUGUAAACCCCGCUCUCACCGUCGACCAUUCACACGAAGAGCCCGUCCGUCCACCCACCCCCAUAUCUCGGCCGUCUGAUUUCCCCCGCCGAAGCCGACCCACGGCUAGCUUGUUGCGGGAGUCGUCGAGCAUUAGCAUUGCCUCAUGUCCCGCUUCGUACAGUUCUCCGUACUGCAUGAGCGAUGACAUCCCUACCACAGACGCUGGCGGCCCCUCUCCCGAGGAUACUCGUUACCAAGGUCUCUUCGAGCCAUCCUCCAACAUUCCAUCAUCUCCUCCAGUGUUCGAUAGCCGGUUACCAAAUAGAUCAAGCCCUGUGUUGCCUACCAUGUCUCUGGAGAACGACUCCGGCUUCAUGAGCGCAGGGCCGGACGAGACCAUAGACGAUGACUCGGUUAUUCCCCUAGGCGAUCCUAGAACGGAAGUGUCUCGUGGGAUAACUCGAGACAAGUGCUCUGUCCGUUCUACUGUGCAGCCAUGCUCUCCAGUCAGCAUUGUCAGUGCCGCACAAGGGACCAAUAAGGAUCAUCUCCCCGUCGAUGAUAACUCAACGGAGCAGAUUGCAAAGCAAGCACCGCGUUCGGUAUCUCGUGCUCCCCCUUCUCGCCCCGCUCAGUCCCGCCCCGCAUCGAGGCCUUCUUCGAGUUCUGGUGGACAACGCUUGGCGCUAAAACCACUCGCGCCGGCACCACAUAUCUUCCACGAAGUUCCCCAAAUGUUUCGUGCAAUCCCGGCUAGUGACCCCAUUGUUCCUCCUCGGCCUACUGGGCCUGUGGAUGUCACUUUCAUGCCGUGUGAGACAGCUGGUUCUAAUCCCAAGCAGUCGAAACAAUCCUCGAAGCCAAAGUCAAUGCCGAAGCAGGUGACUAAGGCGGUGCCAAAGAAUAUAAAGGCACGCUUGGACAAUGCGAUUCUCAACGGGCUGAUUCCGCCCUAUUGCGAGAAUUGCGGCUCCAUCGAAACCGCCAGCUGGCGGCGAGCCUGGGUGAAAACGGUGAAUGGCGGAGAGAGUCUUGCGGAGGAUAUGAUGAGGUCUUCUCCCAUGCUCUAUUGGGAUCCCGUGGACCGAAACGACAAGGGUGAAGUGAAAAGCUUCAAAAUUUACAAAAAGGCUCUCGAGCAGGACGAUAAUGAUUGGGAUCAGAUGACUUUCUGCAAUCCUUGUGGUUUGUGGCUCCACAAAUUCAAACAAAUGCGCCCGGAAGACAAAUGGACCAAGCCAGGGGCAGCGAAGCCGGCCACCAAAAAGAACAACAAAAAGCGUCCUUCGAGGAACCGCGCAGACGGCCAGGCCAAGUCCUGCCCUGCUGCCAGAACUCGGAGCAAGGCCGCACCAAAGAAGUCUUCCGCUUCCUCCCCAGCACCUACUGAAGCGUCUUCCAUCCAUCCCGAUGGGGAGACCCCCCACAUGGAAAAUGACGACGACGAUGAUCAGGACGGUGAGGCAGAUUAUUCUCCCAACGAGUCUUCUCGAUCUAUUAGUCCUGAUCCUGAGUUGGAAGUGCCGUUUGAUACCCCAGGACGCCGUUGGUCCAAGGAGGACGCUAGAGAGGUAUUGUCACGCGCCAUCAAGUCUAGCCCAAUGAGCCGUAUGCACGCCCGCUCUGCUCCAGUGACAGAUGCCAACAGUCUCACCCCCAAGCCUUUGAGAAGGUCACUUUUCAAUAAUCCUCAGAAUGAAGGCCCUUUGAAGGAGCUUGAUUCUUCUAUGGUGAACAGCUGCUCUCCACGUCGCAGCCCUCGCAUUGCCUCCACAAAGGAUGACAAGCCGAAUCAGCAGAAGGAGAACCUUGCACCCACCCCGAGUGAUGGCCUCGAUGAUCUAUUUGAAAGUCCCUCCAUCGGAUUCGAUUCAGCAAGCCCUACUCCCCGUCGACGGAACCCGCGGAUCAACGCGAUUGACAAGCGUUUGUCUUUGCCCGCAAACUCCCCUAGCCUCAACAAACGUAAGGAUCUAGGCUCCAUUAUGUCUCCAGCGCGACUGUCGGCAGAGCGCCUGCAGCGUAUCCAAUCACUUCACGGAAGUCCUCAGUCACCUCCACGGCAACAGAAGUCCCCGGCCAAGCAACAGCCUUUGGCACCACAGCUUGCAAACGACAGUCUUCCGGAGACCUUUGAGCCCCUUGAUGGCAUGGUUCUCGACAUUUUCGAUGAUGCUGCCAAGGCCGAAGCUUUCUUCGAACUGGAGAACACCAAAUUCGCUGGUGACAACUGGGCGGAGUGGCUUCCAACGGACUACGCCUCCCCUGCUGGAUCUUGCGAAACUCCUGCCAACGAGCUGCUCAACGCUCUAUUCUCGGACCACCACAACGAGAAAGACAACUUCAACCCCGAUCUCCUUCCCUUCAACUUCAACGAUGUUAUCGUUCCCGACUCGGGGUUCUUCAGUUCGGAUGCUCUCGCUACCACCGACGCACCCAAGAGCCAGCCCGCUGGUGCAGACACCGAAGGGCAAUAG